GUGAAGAGCCAUCUGUUCUCUUGCAGUGUGCUGCUGUGACUUCACAUAAAAACUGAACCAAACAACAGCGUCUGAAGAUGGGAAAGCGGCGCUUUUCAGGGUUGGAGGUCACCCUGAUGGUGAUGUUUACAUUGGUGCUGGCGGUCGCCGUGGCGCUGGUCAUUUUUCUUGCCCUUGGGGAGCCAGCAGUCAUCAAGGAAGAAUCAGGCUCAAAUCCAGACCCGAUCGUUCCGGAGUGCCCCAAUAUUCCUCAGGGAGAGAGAGUGGACUGUUUCCCAGACGCGGGUGCUUCCCAGCAAAAAUGUUUGGCGAGAGGAUGCUGUUGGCGUCCCCUGGAUGAGGCCAACAUCCCCUGGUGUUUCUUCUCUAAAAACCACGGCUACACUGUGGUCAGCGAGCACAAGCCGGAUAGCACACAUAUUGAGGCCAGGCUGCAACGAAUGAACGCCCCGUCCCUGUUUGGAGCUGAUAUUGAAGAGCUGACCUUCCAGGCUGAAAUGCAGACAGAAAAUCGCCUUCGAUUUAAGAUCACUGACGCAAAGCAAAGCAGGUUCGAGGUUCCUCAUGAACACGUGAAACCCCCCUCCGGCCCUCCCACCAGACCCCUGAAUUAUGAACUGGAGUUAAUCCAGAAACCUUUUGGGCUAAGGGUUUGGAGGACAUCUCCCCGAAAAGUCGUGUUCGACACAACCAUCGGGCCGCUGGUUUUUGCUGAUCAGUAUCUUCAACUCUCCGCUAAACUCCCAUCCCACAAUAUUUAUGGGCUUGGAGAGCACGUGCAUCAGAACUUCCGACAUGACACAAACUGGAGAACCUGGCCUCUCUUCACGAGAGAUGCUUUUCCCAACGGCGGCACACACAACCUCUAUGGCCACUACCCCUACUUCACAUGUUUGGAAGAUGAGAGUGGAAAAUCUUUAGGCGUUUUCCUCAUGAACAGCAAUGCUAUGGAGGUAACGCUGCAGCCCGCUCCAGCCGUGACCUUCCGCACCAUCGGAGGGGUUUUGGACUUUUACAUCCUUGUUGGAGACACACCAGAGGCAGUCGUGGACGAGUUCACGAAGCUGAUUGGCAGACCCUUCAUCCCUCCAUACUGGUCCCUGGGCUUCCAGCUCUCUCGCUGGGACUACGGAAGCCUGGAGGAGGUGAAAAGAACCGUAGAGAGGAACCGACAGGUCGGCCUGCCAUAUGAUGUCCAGUAUACCGAUAUUGACUACAUGGAAGAAAAAAAGAUUUUUACCUAUGACACUGUGAAGUUUAAAGAGCUUCCUCAAUUUGCCGACUACAUGCAUGAGAAGGGACAAAAGUACAUCAUUAUACUGGACCCUGCUGUGGCCACAAGUCCACGGGUGAAUGGGCCGUAUGAAACUCUCAUCAGGGGGAAUGAAGCUAAAGUUUGGGUCACUGAAGCAGAUGGUGUAACACCCCUGGUGGGUGAGGUGUGGCCAGGUGAAACCGUGUUUCCCGACUACACUAACCAGGCCUGCAUUGAUUGGUGGGUUGAUGAAAUAGCGCGGUUCCACAAGGAGGUCAAGCAUGAUGCUCUUUGGAUUGACAUGAAUGAGAUUGCCAGUUUUGUGAAGGGAUCCAACAAAGGUUGCGCUGAUAACAACCUUAACUACCCUCCGUACACCCCACGUAUUCUUGAUGAAGUCCUGUACAGUAAGACCUUGUGUAUGGAUGCUAAGCAAAAAUGGGGGAACCACUAUGAUGUCCACAGUCUCUAUGGAUACUCCAUGGUCCUGGCCACCGAACAGGCGUCAAGACAAGUGUUUGGGAACAACCGUUCCAUGGUUUUCACCCGUUCCUCCUUCCCCGGGGUGGGCAAAUACGCGGGGCACUGGCUGGGCGACAACGCCGCCAACUGGAAUGAUAUUAAGUGGGCCAUUCCCGGCAUGCUGGAGUUUAACCUGUUUGGAAUCCCUUACAUUGGUGCUGAUAUCUGUGGAUUCUUCGACGACUGUCCUGAAGAACUGUGCAGACGUUGGAUGCAAGUCGGCGCCUUCUACCCUUUCAGCCGCAACCACAACGCCCAGUAUUACAAACCUCAGGAUCCUGCAUCAUACGGCGCUGACUCACUCCUGGUGAAGACCUCCAAACAUUACCUGAACAUCAGAUACUCCCUCCUGCCUUACCUCUACACGCUCUUCUUCGACGCCCAUGUCAACGGAGGGACCGUAGUGCGGCCCGUGAUGCACGAGUUCUUCUCGGACAGUGCGACCUGGACAGUGGACCGCCAGUUCCUGUGGGGAGCCCACCUGCUCAUCACACCUGUGCUGGACCCUGGUGUUGACAGAGUGAGAGCUUAUAUCCCAGAUGCCAUCUGGUACGAUUUUGAGACGGAAACAAAGAUCACAGAACGCAAGCAGCUUGUUGACAUGUACCUGCCCGCUGAUAAACUGGGUUUACACCUGAGAGGCGGAGCCAUUCUGCCCGUGCAACGACCAGACGUCACAACCACCUACAGUCGUCUUCAUCCCAUGGGACUGAUCAUCGCACUCGAUGAGAACAGCAGAGCAUCAGGAGAACUUUUUUGGGAUGAUGGAGAAUCCAGAGAUACUGUUUCAUCCGGCUCAUACAUUCACUGCCGGUUUUCUGUGGUUAAUGGCGUUCUGUCAAUAAACGUUUUCCACGACGGCUACACGGAUCCAAACAAUCUGCAGUUUGAGAACAUCACUGUGAUGGGAAUCAGUGGCUCACCCGCUGCCGUGCUCGUGACGGAGGGAAGCACUUCGACUGUUCUGACCGAGUCCCAGAUUCACUAUGAUCCAGUCAAAGAGGUGAUGCAUCUGAGGGAUCUGAAACUGGAUCUCGGGAAGAACUACACCGUCACCUGGGAGGUCAAAGAUUCCGGGCGCUUUGACUGCUAUCCGGAGGAGGACAGCAAUGAGGCCAACUGCAAACAACGCGGGUGCAUCUGGAAGCCUUCAGAUAUUCCCAAAGAACCUUGGUGCUUUUAUCCAGCAGCCUACGGCUACAAGGCCAGCAACCUGGUUGACACGUCAAGCGGCUGGACAUUAGAUCUUGACCGCAUUAACGAUUUUCCCAGUUCACGAUCUUCAUCUCCAGACAUCAACAAACUCCGAGUAGAAAUCACGUACCUGAGCGGCCACAGCCUGCGAUGGAAGAUCUUUGAUCCGGUCAAUAAACGCUUCGAGGUACCUGUGCCCCUCACGCUACCAAGCACACCAGAGACCAAUGAAGCCAAGAGACUUUAUAGGGUCCAAAUCAGUGGUGACCUGCCAUUUGGCAUCCAGGUGAUCAGAAAAAGCACAAAUGAAACUAUAUGGGACUCGGCCCUGCCAGGCUUCACAUUCUCUGAAUUGUUCCUUCAGAUUUCCACACGCCUCCCCUCAAACUACAUCUAUGGUUUUGGUGAAACUGAGCACGGUACCUACAAACAUGACCUCAACUUUCACACCUAUGGCCUCUUUGCUAAAGACCAGCCUCCAGGGGAAUUUGGUACCCUCCGUUCUGACCGGGGGCAGCCUGCGGCGUGUCGGGAACCCGGACCAUCGUCCCGAUUUCCAUCACUGGGCACCGAUCGACCCAAUGGCCCGGGUCUCCGCACCGCCAACAGGCCGGCCCAGGCGUCUCCGCCACCCGAGUGGCGGGAAGUGGAGCAUGAGAAGGGCGCGGAGAGAGAGUGGACCCAUGGCCGUCCUGGAAUCCCCGGGGCGGAGCACGAUACCCGCUCGUGUAGUCCCCGGGCUGGGGAAACCGUCGUCGAGGCGGCACUCAUGAGACGUCGGGCGGUGGCACUGGACCCACUCGGCCGUUCUCUUGGGAAGCCGAGCGAUGAACUGCUCCAGCACCACGCGGUCGAUGAUGUCCUCGACGUCACCGUUCCCAGCCAGCAGCCAUUUGCGGCAGGAAUCCCGGAGCUGGUGGGCCAUCCCGAAGGGACGGCCGCUUUCGCCCAGCCCCAGCAUCCGGAAUCGCUGACGAUGCUCCUCUGGGCUACGGCCGACCCUCUGGAGGAUGGCCCUCUUCAGGUCGUCGAAGACCAGGAGAGGCAAGAUCCCGUGGCGUGGGGAGAAGCGUUCGCCUCUAUGUCUCGUGAUGUGUUGAUCGUUCGGUACACCCUCCUUCCCUAUUUGUACACGCUGAUGUACGAAGCUCACGCGCAUGGAAACACCGUGGUCAGACCCAUGCUACACGAGUUUGUCACCGACGAAACCACGUGGAGCAUCGACAAACAGUUCCUCUGGGGUCCCGCCCUUCUGAUCACACCCGUUUUGGACCCGGGUGCUACUAUGGUCAGAGGCUACGUGCCAAACGCCCGCUGGUACGAUUACCACACGGGUGAAGCUGUUGGGGUUCGAGGACAGUUCUUGAAUAUGGAAGCACCCAUGGACAAAAUUAACCUGCAUGUGAGAGGAGGACACAUUCUGCCCUGGCAGAAAGCCGAGAACAACACACGAAACAGCCGUGUGAACCCUCUGGGUCUGAUUGUUGCUCUCAAUGAUGAUGGUUCAGCACAUGGAUCUCUCUUCUGGGAUGAUGGAGAGGGAAUCGACACCGUCAAGACAGGACAAUUCCUGUUGACGUCUUUCACCGCGUCUGAGAGCGCUCUGUCAAGCAGGGUUGACGCAAAUGGUCUGGCCCCGGCUGACAGACUGACCCUGGGUGUUGUGAAGGUGUGGGGGUCAGGAACCGUGCCCAUCACUCAGGUUACCAUGAGCGUGGAUGGAAAUCCGAAUGUCGACUUGGUUUUCAAACACGACCCGGCAACAGAGGUGUUAGAAUUUGAUGUCACAUCACAACAUCACACUCUGGACAAAACCUUCAGCAUCAGUUGGAAGACAACAUAGAGUCACAUGAGUAAUGCUUUAGCAAUGAGUAAUCGCAUGAUUAUCUGUAUUUAUGAAUGUUGAGCUGUGCAUAUGUCUGGUAAUUUAUUCAGCAUUUCUAUCUGAAGCUUUUUAUAGUAGUAAAUUUUAACAUGAUGUUAUCCUAAAAAUAAAGUGUUUUUUAAU